UUGAAAAAAUCGCGUCUCGCGCGUUGCUCGGUAUAAAUAUGAUGCCUUGGGCGAUUGUAGGAAUGUUGACACCGCCGCGGGUGUAGAAUUAAUUCGAAACGAAAAAGUUAAACCAGUUUUGAAGUUAAGUGCACAUAGCCGGAGGUAAAGGCCAGAGGGUUUGCCCGAGGAUCAAGGCAGGCAGGUAGGAAAAGAAUUACAGACGGUGUUCAUUUUGGGCCGAAUUCAACGGCUUUUGGGAAUUCUUAUUAAAACCGUUGUACUAUUACGUCAUAAUGAGUGAUAUUCGAAUUCUGUCCGUUCGAGGCGCUGACUCCCCGCAUCUUCAGCGCCCUCCACCGGCGCAAUCGGUGAACAUACACGUACAACAACAACAACAGCAGCUACAAGAACAAUCCCACCAACACCAACAACAAGAAAACAACAACAAUAUUCUCAUCGAAGAAAACGAGAGAAAUCACGUGACUCCGCCCCCAGCAAAGCGCGCCAAAUUAGAAGACCACGUAGUCGUCCAACAGCCAAUGGGAAGCUUUUCAAAUUUCGGGAUUCUACCACAGUCGCUAGAGGUCGGUAGAGAGGACCAAGUUGACAUUCGUAUUUAUGACAAAAUAAUAACAUCAAUGACGUCACAGUCUCGCCCCGAUUCGACGAAUCCGGACCAAAAUAGAUUGACACAACUCGAUACUGUUUCGUCGGAAACUCUACAUUCGUUCAGCCCGACGCCCACCUCUGUCGUCACAAGAUACAACGUACCGAACACCCUGGAUAUUCCCCCAUAUUUCCCCCCGCCUCACUACUCCCACCAAGCGACCACACAUAUCGACUUUCACACCCUACACCACGUGACCAGCGACCCCUACAUACAGCAACAAUCAUAUUACGGAGGACAGCAAAGAAUGACGCAAGAGUUGCUGACGUCACGACCGGAAUCGUUUCUACCUAAUUUGCAUAUUCCACAAAGUUCCCAUCAAUCAGUUGACAGAACCGACGACCUCGAAGGUUUCGUUCGACGUCACGACGAGCUGUUGCCUAGCGACCCGAUGACGCAUGAACCAGCUGACAUGUUGUCACCGAUAAACGUCAUACACCCGGGACUUUCCCUGGAGGAUAUUCCCCAAACCCACAACAGCGACAUGCCCACCGCUACUUACAUCACAGCGUCUGACGUCAACGUUAUAAAGAAAGGUAACUAUGACGUCACAAUGGGCAUGUUUGAACACAAUGAAACAACGACGCGAGCGACAAACCAGAUGGCGGGAAACUCGCUGUCAAUCAAAUCUCGUGACGUCAGCAAAUACGUCAACCACCCGUCAUCAGGCCUCAUACCAGUAUCGGGAGGCGCGAACCCCAGCGACGUCUUUUGUUCGGUGCCGGGAAGAUUAAGUUUGUUGAGUUCGACAUCGAAAUAUAAAGUAACAGUCGCUGAGAUCCAACGUAGGCUGUCUCCGCCGGAGUGUUUAAAUGCAUCGCUACUAGGGGGGGUGUUAAGGAGAGCUAAAUCGAAGGACGGCGGGAAACGACUUCGGGACAAACUUGAUAAGAUCGGUCUCAACCUUCCAGCUGGUAGAAGAAAAGCUGCCAACGUCACGCUUCUGACGUCAUUAGUUGAAGGUGAAGCGGUCCACCUCGCGAGAGACUUCGGUUACGUUUGCGAAACAGAAUUCCCCGCCAAACCACUGGCGGAGUUCGUUUGUAAACAACAUUCAGAUCCUGAUAUUUUGCACACGAGGAAAAACAUGAUACUGGCUACCAAACAGAUAGUGAAAGAAAUCCAAGACCUGAUGGCACAAGAUCGAUCCCCCAUCGGGAACACGCGACCCCAGCCUAUAUUAGAUAACGCGGUCCAGCGACCUCUUACACAUUUCAGUUCAACGACGCACGGUUUCGGUACACCAGCUAUUUGCGCUGCGAUGACCGCGUUACAGCAUUACUUAACGGAGAUGCUGCGUUAUCAAGAAAAGAAACCUUUCCUGAACGGGAUACCUACGUCAUCGGUGACGUCAAACCCUCACCAUGACGUCAUCAGACUCAGCAUGCACCAGAGCCAACUACCGACGCAAAAUAUUUCCGACAAAAACGACAAAUAAUCAUUCUUUCGCGAUUUUUUUACUUCCUUAUUAAAAUAUUAUACCACGGUUAA